UGAUUGUAAGAAGAGCGUAUGUUUCAGAUUCAGUAGUAGAUGUGCAGGAUAAUAAGGAAUGUUGGAGAGAAAUUGUUGAAGGCCAAUUUGUCCAGGUGGUUCCGGAGGUGGGAGUUGGGGAUGUCGUGUUGCAUACCAAUACAAUUUGGUCUGGAUUGGAGAAAAGUUCAAUGGGAGAUUUGUCUG